AGGAGACCCUUCUCAUUAUAAAGUAAGCAAGUGAAGAAGGCUCUCCAUCUAUACAUUGCGACCAUACCGCCAUUCUUAUCUUCUCUAUUCCCCAUUUCCUAUUCUGCCUUCUUUUGCAUCAUUAUACUCGCGCGUACCUUGGCAUUUUUCCCUAAUUACAAGAUCGUUCAUACAUACACAAGCACACACACGCUCAUAUCUAAUCGUUCUAUUGUACACAAAUGGCUAGCUCAAGCAAGAACUGCAAUGAAAGCACUAAUGGUGGUUCUUCGAACAAUGGGAAAGCUACCGAUGUGCAUGGACAACGUGACGGGCCGAGCUUCCAGCACCAGAAGACCAUCUCUGUGGACUGGACCCCGGAGGAGCAAGCCAUCUUCGAGGAGACUUUGAUCAUAUAUGCUUCUGAGCCAACUGUUAUUCGUUAUUCAAAGAUUGCGACGUUGCUGAAAACUAAGACUGUGAGGGACAUUGCCAUGCGCUGCCAAUGGAUGACAAAGAAAGAGGCAUGCAAGAGAAGGAAAAUGAACGUGGACAAAAGGAUAGCUAAAGAUAGAAAUGUGCACAUUGAAGAUCUCAAUCAACCCUAAUAUGUCUGUAGCCCGUCCAUCCGUCCAUCUCCAUGAAUCUGUCACCGGCUUUUUGUUUCUUUUUGAACCUCAUCCGUGUCGCUCCAUAAACAUUUCUGGUUUUAUUUAUAUUUUUUCAAGAUUAUUUAAAGAAUAUUCGACUUUUGGACACUGUUUUUUAUUGCAAG